AUGACUACACCCCGUCUUGCGGCUUGGAAUGUGCGAGGUUUUAAUAGCCCGGAUAAGGUAUGGGCUUGCAAACAGCUUGUUCACCAGCACCAUUUAGAGUUAUUUUCUGUUUUGGAAAACAGGAUUAAUGAAUCCAGUCUUUUGAAUCCUUGGUUUUGCUCCAACCAUCGGAUUUUUGACAAUGAAGAUAGCUGCCAUAACUUCAAUCUUGCUAAACCGGGAAGGAUUUGGAUCAAAUGGGAUCAAUCUUUGAUUCAAUUUAAACCUUCCACUUCCACCUCGCAAAUGAUUUCUGGUGACCUUUAUAAGGGGGAUGAUAUCCUUGCGGUUUUGUCAGUUGUAUAUGCUUCUAAUUCUCAAGCGGAAAGAAUUAACCUUUGGGAUGAUCUUAGAGUUAUUGGGAGUCAUAUUUCUUCCCCUUGGUUAAUACUUGGUGACUUCAAUUGUUGCCUUUGUCCCGAGGAAAAAUCCGGUGGCUCCAUCCUUCUUCCUUCUCAAAUUUGGGACCUCAAAUCUCUUAUUUUCGACAUGGGCUUACUUGAUUUGGCUUCUACUGGUUUGCAAUACACUUGGUUCAAUCAAAGGGCUAAUGAUCCAAUUCAUUUGAAGUUAGAUAGAAUGUUGAUCAAUGAUAAGUGGUUGGAAAGUUAUCCUCAUUCCUACUAUGAAGUUCUGAAUCCUUCUUGCUCGGACCAUUCACCUAUUGUCUUGUUCACAGGACAUUCUGUUAUGCACAAGCAUAGAUUUCUUUUCAAAAAUUUCUGGACCAAACAGGACAGGUUUUGGUCUGAUUUACUAAGCAUUUUUGCUCAACCGAUUCAUGGGAAUCCUAUCCAUGGGCUAUAUUUCAAACUUAAUAAACUCAAACAGAACAUUAAAUUGAAGGAUUGGGCUAGCUCUUCUCUCCUCUCUGCCAAGCUUUCUUCUCUUAAGGAACAUCAAGCCAUUUGUCUUGACAAAAUAAAUGAAGAUCCUCUAAAUCCUUCUCUGAAUCAGACCCUUAAAUGUAUCAAUGCUCAAAUUCUAGAAUGCUCUUCCUCUUGGACUAAUUGGGUGCUGCAACGUGCUAAACUGAAAUGGCUUUCUCAAGGGGAGGACGAUCUUAAAUUUCUAUAUGCGAGGAUCAGGAAGAGAAGGAAUCAUAGCACUUCACCGUUAGUUGCUAAUGCGGAUCCUAUUGUCAGGAAGGACCUGAUCUCUUCUAUUAUUCUUCAUUUUGAAAGGCUAUUUAAUGCUCCUACUCCUGACUCUUUGGGGGACUCCUCAUCCAUUCCUCAUGGUAAGGUUAUGCCUUUUCAUUUAGCUGCUUUACUUACUGUGUCUGUUUCAGAUGAAGAAAUUAAAGCAGCAAUUUUCAAUGGAAAUUCUAACUCAACCCCCGGACCUGAUGGAUUCAAUUUCGAGUUCUAUAAAGCCACUUGGUUAAUGAGUUAA